AUCGAUUGCUACAACGUGCGAGGGUUUCUACGCUUAACAUCGUCUUCUUCUGUUCAUAUCGUUUCUCUAUAUAUUCUCAACUUCUUCAACUCAUUUUCAUUUUCAAUAAAAAGAGGAAACCCCAACCGCUUUCUGGAUUGGUCCUCGAUUCAAGGGCUCAUAUUCAUUCCGAGGUCCAUUCAGAUAUCGGUCUGAAAAGGCAAUGUUAUUGGAUUAAGAACCAGAAUUUAUCUUAUCGAUGAAAGGAGGAGGAGGCUACUUCUAUGGGCUGAAGAUGAGGCAGCUCUCUCUCUUCUUCAUCGUUUUUGUUUGUGCAUCGAUUGUAGUCUGGAAUUGGGAAAAAACCCCUCGUCUCACAACUUUGCUUCCACCUCAUGAUCAAACAUUACAUAUCUUUCCAGAUGAAUUGAAAAGGGAAAGGGAACAUGUCACCGAAGUAAAACAAGACUUUAAGGAAGAUAAACCAGUCGUUAAUAUUCUCCCACCAUCACUUUCAACAAAUACAGCAUCUUUGAACACUCGACAAGAUGAAUCCCCAACAACUCACGAAAACCACCAUGAGAGCAAUGCUAUUAUUGAAAAAUCCAUUUCUGAAGGAGAUGAUGACUCAAAACCAUUUAAACCACAGUUAAUAGCUUCAGUGACCUCCCAUACAACAGAGUCAGCUGUGACAGAAGAACACAUUGACACUCCAAUGACUAAUGUAGAAAAGCAAGCCUGCAACUUGGGAAAAGGAAAGUGGAUUCCUGCUGAUAACAGACCUCUGUAUUCCGGAUUUGGUUGUAAACAAUGGUUAUCCGGAAUGUGGGCUUGUCGCUUGACACAGAGAACUGAUUUUGGAUACGAGAAGCUCAAAUGGCAACCAAAAGAUUGCAAAAUUGACGAUUUCACAGGACCUGAAUUCCUCAAAAGAAUGCAGGAUAAAACCCUAGCUUUCGUCGGCGAUUCCUUGGGGCGACAACAGUUCCAAUCUCUGAUGUGCAUGGUAACAGGCGGCGAAGAGAUGCCGGAUGUAGAAGACGUCGGAACGGAAUACGGUUUAAUCAAAGCCGAAGGGUCAACCCGACCCGACGGAUGGGCUUACCGGUUCCCAACCACCAACACCACCAUCCUCUACUACUGGUCCGCAAGUCUCUGCGAUAUUCAACCCGUUGACCCGACAAACCACGCCACCGACUACGCCAUGCACCUCGAUCGCCCACCGGCGUUCCUCCAACACUUCCUCCACAAAAUCAACGUCCUCGUUCUCAACACCGGCCAUCACUGGAACAGAGGAAAACUCAACGCCAACAAAUGGAUCAUGUACGUGAACGGAAAACCUAACACGAAUAGAAAAAUUGCCGACAUCGGAGGCGCUAAAAACUUCACGAUCUACAGCGUCGUGAGAUGGGUGAACUCCGAGUUGCCAAAAUACCCGGGAUUGAAGGCGUUCUUGAGGUCGAUUUCACCUAGGCACUUCUUCAACGGCGAAUGGAACACCGGCGGCACUUGUGACAGUACAACGCCGGGGACAUUGGAGGUGGUGCAAGAGGAAUCUAGUGAUCCGGUGGCUGCCGGAGCUGUGAAGGGGACGGAGGUUAAGUUAUUGGAUAUAACGGGGUUGUCGUUGGUGAGAGAGGAAGGUCAUAUAUCGAGAUAUUCCAUGCGAGCAGCUCCCGGGACGCAAGAUUGCUUGCAUUGGUGCUUACCUGGAGUGCCUGACACGUGGAAUGAAAUCCUUUUUGCACAAAUUUGAGAUAAUAUAUGUAGUUUUUAUUCCCCCUUUUUUUUUUUUUUUUUUUUUAAAUGUAUAAUUAUUAGUAUGUGGGAGAUGUAAUUAAAAGCAGAGUUUGUUGUUUUUGAUAUGAAAGAGGGAGAAUAUUUUAUAUGUUGUAUUUGGUGUAUGUUUUUUGUACCCAAGUAAUUAAACCCAUUAAUACAUUAUACGUAAAUGUCUUGUUAAUUACUA